GAAAGAAGUUAGGUUAUAUUAGGUUAGUCUUUAAAUGUCAAUUUAAAACAUAUUAUAAGUUCAACGUUGAUAUUUUUCAUAUAAUAUGGUAUGAAACGAAUGCGGAUGCAGAACGGAAACGUUGAAACCAUGUCAUAUUUGCGUGACUGGAGACAAGCAUUACGUGCUCCUCAUGUGUACAGAGUUGCUAACAGUACUUUUCGUAUUCAAAGCCAAUAUUUAGCUUUGAUUUUCCUAUUAUUAUCUGUUCCUUUAUUUUUACUUGGAUUCCCCUUGUUACGCGGAGCUGUACAUUCUUCAACAUCAAAUCAGUUUUUAACACAGUGCAAGUAUUAUAAGUACAAUAAAACAUACCCUUUAUCGGCUCCAAUUAGGACUUCAAGAGGUAUCACUUAUAGAAUAGCAAUAGUGAGUGAUCUUGAUCAUGAUUCUAAAAGUUUAGAUAGGAAAAAUGUAUGGCACAGUAUUAUGAAAACAGGAAGUCUCUUUUGGAAUCCUAGUACAAACUUUCUUUCUAUCAUAUGGGAUGAUAGAAAUCAUAUGUUAACAUCGUCUUUAACUAUGAAAGGACGUGGUAUGGAAUUAUCUGAGUUAGUUACCUUUGAUGGACGUUUACUAUCAUUUGAUGAUCGUACAGGAGUUGUAUAUUUUAUUGAAAGUGAAGAAGCCUAUCCAUGGGUUAUUUUAAUGGAUGGUAAUGGUAAAAAUACUAAAGGAUUUAAAUCCGAGUGGGCAACUGUUAAAAAUGAGUAUCUAUAUAUUGGCAGUAUGGGUAAAGAGUGGACAACUCCUUCAGGAGAAUUUGUACACAAUAAUCCUCUUUGGAUAAAAAUAAUAUCUCCACGUGGUGAAAUUCAAUCUUUGAAUUGGAUUUCAAACUAUAAAAGAUUAAGGCAGGCAAUUAAUAUUGAAUAUCCAGGUUAUAUGAUUCAUGAAUCAGGAGCUUGGAGUGAUAUACACAAGAGCUGGUUCUUUUUGCCAAGGAGAUGUUCUCAUGAACGUUAUAAUGAAACUAAAGAUGAAGCAAUGAGUUGCAAUAUAUUAUUGACUGCAGAUGAAAACUUUGUAGAUAUUAAGGUUACUAAAGUCGGUAAUUUAGUUCCAAUUAGAGGUUUCUCAACCUUCAAAUUUUUACCAGGUUCUCAAGAUUCAAUUAUUGUUGCCCUGAAAACUGAAGAGUAUCAAGGGCAGACUGCUACAUACAUUGUGGCAUUUACAAUUGAGGGAAAUAUUAUAAUGCCUGAAACUAAAGUAAUAGACAAGAAAUUUGAGGGUCUAGAAUUUAUAUGA